AUGCUUCGCAUGUGUGCUCCUCCUCAACAACGCCCUGAAGUCGGUUUGACCUUCGAGAAGGACUUUAUCUCGCCCGUGUUUGAUCCGGAUUGUCUAUCCCUCAGUCAGUGUGUGGACCUCCAGCCUGGUCUCUAUUGUCCGUCGACAGUGUCUCUACCGUCGCAUCAGGAGCUUGCAAACUUCGACUGUCCCCAGAUGUUUCACUGGUUUCCUGCUGACAGGCGGGAUCCGAAAGCCGUCCCGGACAUGGGAAGCAAGAAAGCAACACCCGGGGAUGCCAUGAGCGAAGACCAUAGGUACUGGUCUGAGCCUUUUGCGUCAUAUGGCUCCGACGAGACGAAGGUGUUAUUGUAUGGCCUGCGGAGCCACUCCGCUCUGCAGAGUCAUGAAUCCCCGGUGGUCCAGACCAAAGAGGACAUCCACCACGCUCCCAUCCCCAACGACGCCCCUCUCAGCCUAGCCCAGCCAGUCCCCAAACCCCCGGGGCUGUACAUGCUCAACCACACCCUCACCCCGUUCGCCGGCUGCAAGAACGAACCCGCAAGCAUAACCUCCCUGGCGACGCCGGGUGUGCCACAAGAGGGACAUCACGUUGAGAACGCCCACGCCCUCCACCCCGCGCCGACCACUAACCCCAUCGACGCCGGCACUCUGUACCAGCGAUCCGCGGAAGAAAGCUCUGUAGCCACGGCAGACAGCGACUUCACCUCCAUCGGGAGCACAUGCGGUCCAGCCACGCCUCUGCCGUGGUCGAGCUUCGGGGCCCAAACAGCAUGGGAUAUGCCUCCGAGCACCAACAGCCAGACCGACCCCGUCUGGCUCACAUCGCACCCUGCCGGCAUCACUCCAGCAUACGGGUCCAGCAGCGCAAGCCUGGCCCCGUUCCCCGCCCUCCCCGACACGCUGCACGAACUCCCAGAUCUCACCGUCGAGAACCCGCGAUUCAUCACGCCGGCGGUGUCCAUGGAUCUGUACAGUCCCGAGUACGCGCCCGCAGACAAGGCCCUACCCAUGGAGAAGCAGGGCAUCAGCCCGUUCCAUAUGUCCACGGACGCGUACCCCUACUGCGAGACCCCGUACCGCCUCAACCAGUAUAUCGUCCCCAGCGCCCCGAUGGACCGCGACUUGUUCCAGGCGGAGCGGUCCGGCCAAGCACCCUGGCACCGGGACACGAAGAACGCGUUCCUGAUCGAAUGCAAGCGCCGCGGCCUGUCGUACAAGGACAUCAAGCGCAUCGGCGGGUUCAAGGAGGCCGAGUCGACGCUGCGUGGGCGGUUCCGCACCCUGACCAAGUCGAAGGAGCAGCGCGUGAGAAAGCCGCAGUGGCAUGAAAACGACAUCAAACUUCUCUGCGACGCGGUGCGGGCGUACUCCGAGUCUGACAACUCGGACAUUAGCUAUGCGUCGUGGUGUCGGCCCCGGGCCGUCACGCAGCCGCCCAAAGUCUCCUGGAAAAAGGUGGCCCAGUACAUCUGGACACAUGGCGGAUCAUACCAUUUCGGCAAUGCCACAUGUAAGCGGAAGUGGUGCGAGCGAGCCCCCCCGCAGCUCCGGAUGCGGAUACCCAACCGCCUCCAGAACCCUCGCCAGCGUCUCCGGGUUCCGGCGCAGCUCAUCCCACUCCGCCUCAGCCUUGACCAUCAGCGUGCCCGCCAGCAGCGUCCCGUUCAGGGACACCAGGCCGGCCUCGACGACCUCGCGCGACGCCGCCGAGUCGACGGGGAUCCGCGCGCUCUCGCUCUUCCGCGGGCAGAUCAUCAUCGUCGACGCGGUCAUGGCCAGGUUAUAGCUCACGGCGGCGGGGCCGGACGUGUGGCGCUCGCGGUCCACCGCCGCGGCCGCUAG